AUGGCUCUAUGGUCAUUGACAUCAUAUAAGAAGAUCAUCUAUAUCGACUCUGGGAGUGUUAUGAUCCAUAACUUUGACGACAUGUUCGAUUUACCAGCCAACUCACUGCUUUUACAAAACUGGCCAAACAACAUCGAGAAGCUGAUCAUUUUGAAACCAAGUAGCUCAACGUACGACAAGCUACUAAAGCUAUCUAUUCAUCAGCAUAGUUCUACAGAUGGAGUUUUAGGUACCUAUUUGAUGGCCGACACAUUCUAUCCCAUACCUUAUUCUGUUGUCAGGUUGGUAGGUGACAAACCACGCACGCUACAGGACGCUAAACUUUUGAUGUUCGAUGGAAAUAUCAAGCCUUGGAACUGGUACACUGCUCAAGACGAUGCUUGGCUGAAGAAUUGGGAUCCCGAUAGUAUGUGGCAAUGGAGACACCAUCGCAACGUCAUUCAGUAUCUGUUUAACGGAUCCAAAGGACUGAGCAACAGUAUUAACCGAACGAGAAAUGUGUGUAACCAAAAACAAUUGUCAAAGUUCUUCCCUAUCACAGACAAGUUUUCGGUUCUGCUUAGUACAUACAAUCCUGAUCGCAUUGAUCAUGUCACGACGCUAAUAAGGCACUUGGCAACAUCUGAUUUGGUUCAUACCAUCUACUUGACAUGGCACAAUCCGAAAUUGGAGGUUAGCAAGGAACUUCAAGAACUACAGGAAAAGCUACGCAAACCACUAGUGAUACUCCGGCAGCAAUUUGAUUCGCUCAACAAUCGAUUCAAUCCAAUCGAGGGCUUGGAAACGUCGGCUGUAUACAUUUUGGACGACGAUAUUGUUGUAUCUGUGCCGGAUUUGGAAUUUUCUUUCCAGGUGUGGCAGAAUCGGCAACAUUCAAUCGUUGGUCAUUUCCCAAGAUUUCACAGCUAUAAUUCCACCAAUGGUCGAGCGAUAUAUGCCAUGGCAGAUAACAAGCGACCAACCUAUUCUGUUGUCUUGACAAAGAGCAUGUUUAUCAGAUCAGAGUACUUAUUCGCUUAUACUUGUCUCAUGGACCCUGCUUUGCACGAAUAUGUCGAUGCCAACUUAAACUGCGAAGAUAUCGGCUUCUCACUUAUGGUUAGCGGAUUAACAUCCGUAACGAAUGUCUACGUCGCAGUCAAAUCUCGGAUACGGGACUAUGGCCUCAGCCAGGGCAUAAGCACCAACGGCAACCACAUCAAGGCUCGUAGGGAAUGUAUAUCCAACAUGAUCGGCACCUUCUGGAAAGGUAAUGAUCCAACCCGUAUGACAAGUGAAAUGGUCUCAUCAUUUGAAGCAGCCCGUUAUGCUCGAGGAACUUGGGAUCAACUCGCCAAGGAGGUUGAAAGUAUUGAAAGCAGAUUUUAG